GUUUUCGGCGUUUACGCCGAUCGGAAGCUCAUCCCGCUGACGAACUGGGCUGUCGAUUUGAUCGAGGAGAGCUUCCCAAAUCAGGUGGGCGUCGUGCAGCGGACGCCGGCGGAUCUCCUGGUGUUCCUACUGUACUUGGCCUUCCUGAUCUGGGGUGUCGUGCAGCUGGCAUUCACCAUGUGGGAUGCUGCGCGCCAGUUUGGGCGGAGCCUGCUGGCCUGCUGCCCCUCUCGCAGCAUCAGAACGAAACCACCGCUGCUCUACCGCCAGGAAGUGCCGUACGUCCAGCCUCCGUGGCUGGAUCCUUCGGCCGUUCCACGGCCUGCCGAACACGAGGCCAUCGGAGAUGACGGCGCGAAACUGCAGCGUCCGAGACGGAAAGAUGACCUGAUGCUUUGCUGCCUCUUUCCAAACCUCUUCGGCUGA